UCGAGCGCCAGAGCAUCGCGCUCCGCCUGUACAUUUCCUUGCAUGGCUUCGUGAUCACUCCGUUCUGCAUACCUGACCGUCGGCCAUGGCUGCCGUUGGUGUACACCACCUGGUCAUCCUGCAGCUCCUGCCCAUUCUUGUUAUCGGCAUCCAAAAGGACGCCAGCGUGAGCGGUAAGCUGACCAAUGGCGAGAAUCUUGAGGACAGGUUGGAUGGAGCCUCCGUGGGCGUCACGAACACUGCCCUGGGCGUGAUGAGCAGGUCGGGUGUAACCCGGUACAAGCGGCACGCGAUCAAGAAGACGAAGUCUCAGGACGGCAAGUUCUUUUGGUCUGACUCCGCCAACAGCCGCGACAGGCAGCUCUAUUCUGGCGCGACGGACCUCCUGGAGAACCUUUCCUGGAGUUGGCACCACCCAGCCGGCGUAUUCAACACCAUUCCAGUCGGCAGCCCCCUCAUCGACGACGAGAUGAACAUCUACAUCGGAUCCGACGACGCCAUCCGGAAGUUCAACAUCGUCGGCGACAUCGUGUGGAGCUACGCCCCGCGAGGCCAGCUCGCGGCGGCACCAACCCUGGCCAUCGCCAGCAGCAGGCGUGGGGCGUCUCCUGUGCAGGACCAGUGGUACGCCGAGCAGGAGGACCUGCUGAAGCCGGACUGGGCAGGCAGCGAGUCGGAGGCUGUCCAGAUCUCCAAGGAUUUCAAAGUCGGCGACCUGGUCAAGGUCAAGCCGGGCGCGAGCUACCGGGCGGACGGCAGUCAGAUCUACAGGGCCGGCGACCAGGGGCUGAUCUCCGGCGUCGUCGAGGAUGAGGACGGCAAUGAAAACAGGGCCGUCAUUUUGUGGACGCGCACGGGGCGCAAGAGCGUGGUGCAGAUCCCAUCCAUGAAUAGCCGCUUCGAGCGCGUGGCGCCGAAGAAGGCCAAGGCAAACGCCCCCAUCAUAGUAGGGAGCACCACCUCUGGCUACGUGUUCGCGAUCGACAUCGAGAGCGGAGAGGAGCUGUGGGCAACCUGGGCCUCGAAUGAGAUCUCUGGCGUCAAGGGUUCAGUGGCUUCCAAGGACGGUGUCGUAGUGGCCGCAACCAAUCGCUGCACUGACCGGUACUGCUACAGAUACCGCAACCAGACCAAUGUGUUCACUCCCGGCAAUCUCUUUGUGCGGGGCCUGAGUGCGUUGGACGGCAGCACCAUUUGGGAAUACAAGACCAUGUCGCCUGUGUGGAACAUGAACCCGCUUUGGGGCCCGGACGGCAGCGUUAUUUUCCAGGACUGGGAGGGCAGGCUGUACAGCCUUGACUUGCAGACUGGCGCCCAGAGAUACAGGGUCGGAGGCGACUACGGGUCGCACACCCUGGCAGCAGCUGUAUACGACCCGGGGCACAACAUUGCGAUUGCUAUCGGCAUGAAGCACUACAAUGUCCAGGAUUACCACAUGUCUGACGCUCUCGGCAUUCCUACAGGCAAAUACUGCAACCCUUACGUAGCACCUGGCAUUCUUAUCAAUUGCUGGACGUGGCCUGGCGGCGCCGGCUUCGUCCGCGGCUACAACGCCACUUCCGGAAGGCAGAUUUGGGAACAGACCACGCCAGAGCCGCCAGCAGGCGCUUCCAUCGGAAUGAUUCACGAUUUAGCGCACACCCGCCUCGUGCUCACCAUGGGCUUCAAUUGCUUCCACAAUUCCCCCUCCCAGAUCUGGGCCAUAGAUCCGAACGAUGGUAAGAUUCGGUGGGAGAGGGACGGCCCAAC